AUGGAUUUACUGGGAUUGAUAUUUGAGGAGUCACUAACUGACCCGAAGGAUGUUCGAAAAGGCGAUUACAUCAAGGUCGAAUCGAAUGGAUCAAUGGUUACGGCAAGAGUGAUGGAUAUUUCAUCUGUGAAGAACGGAAAGCAUGGAUCAGCAAAGACUGCUCUGAAUUCGAAAAUUAUUAGUACUGAUUCAUUCUAUCAGUUGACUCAUACAUCUAAUGACAUGGUGGUGGUGUGUAGACCCACGAAAACGACAUUGAAAUUGAUUGAUGUAGAAGAAAGAGACGGUACACCGAUAGGGAGUUAUAUUGGCAUAGAUAAUAACGUACAGGAAAUUGAUUUUGCUAGGAUUAUGUCCGCGGAACACAUUAAAGACCUCAUGAAGGCUUUAAAGGACUUUGAUUCUUCUAAAAAUGAUAUUGUGUUGAAACUCAAGGCGUUUUCUGAUAUUUGCUUGCUGGAUGGUACUGAAUAUGUCCCUACUGAUGCAUAA